GCUGCCGGAAGUAGGCGGUGGAGGUGGUGGCUGAGCAGGCGGCAGCUGCCAGGGAAACCGAGGCGCGGGACUGAAGGGCCGCAGAGCGGCGGGUUCUGGGGUCAUCACUGCGUCCGGCACCUGGGAGGCCCGAGGGCUGCCUUUGCUCGGCCUGAGGGUCUCCGGUCCGGAAGCGUCCUUGGACUCGGGACUUCCCCUGAGCCCGCCAGGAGGCGCCGCGCUGAGGGGGCUGCAGCGUGGGGGCGGGCGCCGCGGACCCUGUGAGGGGCUCGGGCGGGAGCGAGGGGAGGGGUCGCUGACCCCCGCUCAGGAGGUGCCCUGGGCCGGGGACCGGGAGUCCUCAUCUCCGGACUGGAACAGGGGUUUCUGGGGGCGAGGAGGGCGCGUCGCCCCCUGCCCCCGCCGGCACCUUGGCCAUGACGGGCAAGUCGGUGAAGGACGUGGAUCGGUACCAGGCGGUCCUGGCCAACCUGCUGCUGGAGGAGGAUAACAAGUUUUGUGCGGACUGCCAGUCCAAAGGGCCACGAUGGGCCUCCUGGAACAUCGGUGUGUUCAUCUGCAUUCGGUGUGCUGGGAUCCACAGGAACCUGGGGGUGCACAUAUCCAGGGUAAAGUCAGUUAACCUUGACCAAUGGACUCAAGAACAGAUUCAGUGCAUGCAAGAGAUGGGGAAUGGAAAGGCCAACCGACUUUACGAAGCCUACCUUCCUGAGACAUUUCGGCGACCACAGAUAGACCCAGCUGUCGAGGGAUUUAUCCGAGAUAAAUACGAAAAGAAGAAAUACAUGGACCGAAGUCUGGAUAUCAAUGCCUUUAGGAAAGAAAAAGAUGACAAAUGGAAAAGAGGGAGUGAAUCAGUCCCAGAGAAAAAAAUGGAGCCUGUUGUUUUCGAGAAAGUGAAAAUGCCACAGAAAAAAGAAGAUCCACAGCUACCUCGGAAAAGCUCCCCGAAAUCCACGGCACCUGUCAUGGAUUUGUUGGGCCUUGAUGCUCCGGUGGCUUCCUCCAUUGCAAACAGUAAGACCAGCAAUACCCUAGAGAAGGAUUUAGAUCUUUUGGCCUCUGUUCCGUCUCCUUCUUCAGUUUCCAGAAAGGUUGUAGGUUCCAUGCCAACUGCAGGGAGUGCCGGCUCUGUUCCCGAAAACCUCAACCUGUUUCCAGAGCCAGGGAGCAAAUCUGAAGAAGUGGGCAAGAAACAGCUCUCUAAAGACUCUAUCCUCUCUCUGUAUGGAUCCCAGACGCCGCAGAUGCCUGCUCAGGCAAUGUUCAUGGCUCCAGCUCAGAUGGCAUAUCCUGCAGCAGCAUAUCCCAGCUUCCCUGGGGUCACACCUCCUAGUGGCAUCAUGGGAAGCAUGAUGCCCCCACCAGUAGGCAUGGUAGCUCAACCAGGAGCAUCUGGAAUGGUUGCCCCCAUGGCCAUGCCUGCAGGCUACAUGGGUGGCAUGCAGGCAUCAAUGGUGGGCGUGCCGAAUGGGGUGAUGGCCACCCAGCAGGCUGGCUACAUGACAGGCAUGGCAGCUGUGCCCCAGACUGUGUAUGGGGUUCAGCCCACUCAGCAGCUGCAGUGGAACCUCACUCAGAUGACACAGCAGAUGGCCGGGAUGAACUUCUACGGAGCCAACGGCGUGAUGAGCUACGGACAGUCCAUGAGCGGUGGAAACGGACAGGCAGCAAAUCAAACUCUCAGCCCACAGAUGUGGAAAUAAACGCACAACCCCCCCCCCCAUGUGGCUGCCACUCACCUCGGCCUGCGCACUCUCCCCUUCUCCUCUUUCCCCCCCUUGCUUUCCCUCAUACCCCUUUCCUCCCUCUCUCUGUUUGGUCUAUUAAUUGCUCGGUCAGUCCCUGGAGCCACUCCAGGACAGCACGACCUGCAGCCCUCUCUGUUGCUCUCUGUUGUAGGCGUCUUUCCACCACCUCCUUCUCCCCAGCCUCGGCCCCUCCCCUCUCCUGGCACCAGCACCUUAGAAGGGGUUGGCAGAAGGCAUUUAAGCUGCAGGAGAGAUGUGCACCCCUGUGAGUUCCCCCUCCUCAGGGCCACGCCUCCUGCCAGACUCCCAGAGAGGCCUGUGGGUGUGGCGAGGCGAGGGCUCGGAAGUGCCUGCACACAUGAUGAUAAGCUGUUGCCUGGUGUCUCAGCUUGUGCUUGAAGCAGCAGACGUUACCGUGCCUGUGACUGAGGGGACUGAGGAAGGUACACACGGAAAUCCAACAUUCCCCGGGUCUUGGCUCAGGCCAGCCCUGGCCCUGGGAUGAGGCAAGCCCUUUUCCUACGUGGACGAGCAAAAAUAUUUCUCUGCUGUGCCUGGAGUUGCUUUCUCCAGCUGGGGCUUCAGAACUCGCUGCUCAGUCAGCCUUUAUUAGCACCAAAGACUUUGUGAGGGUCCCACCCACGGACAGGCACCUGCUCCCCACCUCCCGCCUGCUGCCUUCGGUAGGAUCUGGCCCCUUGGCUGGAGGCCCGAACCUGCUGUGGGAACGCACAGCUUUAACAUGUGCACUACGUGUGCGUGAGUGUGUGUGCGCAAGUGUACGUACGCGUGGUUCCUGCCUCCUGCCACUCCCCACCUGCUCUGGGUAUUCUGAUUUUUGUUUUAUUGGUUUUAGAUUAACAACAGAGAGGAGUUAAUUUAUUGAUAGUCUAAAGCUGUUGCCAGUUUUUCUUACACUUUGAAAUAAAAAAGAUAACCGCCAUCUCACUGUUACGCCCCUUUGUCCUCUCCCUCCUCCCCCAUCUGCCCAGCAUUCUUCCAUGCCUGUGUCCCCAGGCUGCUCUGUCUCCACAUCCUCUCAGGUGUGUGAGGCCCAGAGCCCGGGCAGCUUUUUUCUCAGUCAUCGUCCACUUGAAAAUUCAAACAAGACAACUUUGCUUCAGAGGUUUCAUGUGUGGGAACCACAAUUCCCGGUUGCCUUUCUCCUGUGUAUGUGUAAAUUCCUUAAUAAAUAUUGCAGGGAAGGAC